AUGCAUUAAGGGUCUUUUUUUUUGAAUCAAAAAUAUGCUGAGUUAGAUAUGUUUAGAAGGGAUGUUAGAGAAAGGUUUACCUAAAAAUUUGACAAUAAAAAAACUGUGCUCUAGAAAGUGAAAGAAUAAUAGAUGAAUCCUCAUCAAUCCAAUUUUAGAAAUAGGUAAUCACCUAAUGCAUAAUAAAAUAUAUAAUUAUAAUCUCCAAUAAGAAUUAAGUAAUAUUCUAAAUGCUCUCCUGGUAGGUUAUCCUUUCAACGAUUUACUAAUGAUGUUGGUAAUGUUAAUUCUAGGUAUAAAAAUUGAUUUAAUAUAUAAUAGUUUGAAUAUACCCAAAAAAACUCUUAAUGAAAUUGCGGCUGUGGAAAGAAUACAGGACUUAGCCAGAGCGUUAAAAGGGUAAAGCUAUGCAGCUACAGAUUUAUAUAUGUAAGAAUUGAGAAAGUUGUCCAAAAUGAUUCUAAUGAAUGAGUUGAAUUUAGCACUGAUUAUAAUGAUGAUUAACAAAAAUUAUUAGAAUUCUCCUCUUGAAAGUAUUUCAACUAGCUUCAUUGAUUAUUCUUUGCAAUCUUUAAAAUCAUCAUACUCUUAUUUUUAUCUCUCAAAUAAAUGCAGUUCUUUAAAUUACAAUUAUAAUAUAUUUUACAAAUAUAUUGUAAACUAUUUCGACUUUAAUGAAGAAUAACUGUCCUUAUUCAGGAUUAUAAUGAAUUUAAAGAAAACACUUUAGAAAGAUAAUUUAUCCCGUUAAAAUUUUAAUUAUAAAUUAUAUUUAAAAAAUUCAUGAAUUCUAAGAGUAUACAUUAGAACCUUAAGUCGUUCAGCUUUCCCUCUCAUUCAUAAUUAAUAGAGGGUAUUUGAUGAGGACCAUGAGGUAUGUUAUAAGCAAUAGGUUAGAUCUGACCAGAAUGAAUAUUCUGGAAGAUCCUAGAAAAUGGGCAGCAAAAUAUUAAGAGUAUAAGCGUAGAAUAAAAACUAUGAGAAUAAAAUAUCUGCUUUUAAUGAUAAAAUAUUGGAUUUUCUAUGA